GGAGACAUAAACUUGUAUGAAACAAAAGAUUAUGUUAACAAUAACAAAGUUAAGCGAGUGAAUCAAUAUAACGGAACACUGUUACUUAAAACAGACGAGCCAACAAAAUGUCGGACUUCUCGGGAAGGCUAUUUUACUGAUUACAGUUUACAGUUACAAGGUGUUGGCGAAAUUAUACUUUCCAUCGUGUUCGUACUAAUUUUAUGUAUAGGUGCGAGUAGGUUUUAUUGUUGAAUUAGCAGUAUAAAUGGACAAAAACACAAAUUAAAAGAAGCAAGUUUGUUCGUUCGUGCGACCAUAAACAAUAAACAAACAGAUUGUUAUAGUAGGACGCUCUCCGUUGCUGACUCUUCAAUAUUUCCCUUUUUUCGCAAGAACCAGAAGGAGUUCUCUAAUGUGUCUUGGAAGUGAGAACAUUAUACUGAGGAUGCUUCAUCAUUGCAGCAACAUUAAGUGAAGAAGGCACGUCACCUCGAUGGAAGUUUGCCAGUGCUAGUGUCGUCUAAAUUCUCAAUGCCUUUUCUGCCACCACUGUUACUCCCAGAAUACAGACAAUAUGGUCUGGUGUAGACCAUUAUUAUUAUGGUCUUGUGCCACUGGGUUUAAGGUUAUGAGAAGCUACUGGUGACUCCAGAGCUUCUGGGUUUUCAUAGUUUAAUUCUUGUUUGAGCCACAUUAGUUGUGCUCUGUUAAAAAUUUCUUUGAGAAAUAAGUGGCAGUUACCACAUUUUUUUGUAAUAAUUUCUAGAAACACAAACUAAAAUGCCUACAGAGAGCCUUGGAUUAGAUUCUAGAAUGGCAGCGAUGGACAUGGACCCUAAAGGCUUUAGUCCCAUGUCAGGACCUGAUGAUAAUAUGAGCUCACCUCCAAGCGUAUUAACAACAGCUUCUGCAGGAUCAACACCAUCUUCCAUCCCAUCUGCUGGGUCCACACCGUCAUCCAUUCCUUCGGCGGGAUCAACUCCAUACCAGUAUAAUACUCAAGAAGAUGUUGGGAUGAAACCCAUUACCCCAUCAUCUGACCACCAGCCAGUCACUCCAAUGACACCGGACCAGCCCAUAACUCCUGAUCAACCAAUUACUCCUGAUCAAUCCGUUCCAUCAGAUCAACCAAUCUCUCCAGAUCAGCAGCCACCACGUAGUCCAGCAGUAUAUGUGGAUGGCAUAAAAGAUGAAAUGUAUGUUGAGAAAAUGGACAUCACUGUCAAUGCAGGCAACAGACACACUCAUCUAAGUGGCACCAGAGAAAGUGAACGUCGUGAUGAUUGUUCCUGUAUUCUUUGUGAGGACCACAGAAGACAUGCUAAUGAUCCACAACCAAGAAAUGAAAAUGAUUUGAUGGUUGAUGGAAGUGUGAAAAAUAGAUACAGUGGUGCAACAAAAGUGAAAGCAAAAAGAAACAAGGACCCAAAUGUGCAGCGUAAACCUCGUAAACGUAAACAGUCUGGGAAGAUGCAUUACCAGAGUGAAAUAUCUCAAGACUCGGAAGUGAGUGGCAUAAUAAUGAAAAUUAAAAUGACUCAUCCUGUAAAUAAAGACAACAACUCACGUACUGUUGCAGAUGUACCCACAGCAAAUCGAACUUCAAGUGUUAAUUCUAGUCCAAGUAAAAAGGGACCUGGAAAAAGAAAAAGUUCCCAGGGCAGUGACAGUGAUAAUUUCAUAUCUUCAGGGGAGGGAAGAAAACGGAAAAAAGUAACAGAAUUUGUUGAGUGGGGUCCAGUAUUAAGUGAAGUGAAUGGUGAACCACAGUCACCGUGGGCAUGGAAACUGCCGAAUACUAUUUUAUUUAGAAUCCUGGACAUGGCCACUCAUAGUGUGGGAACAAUUCCAUUGCUUCUGAGAACAUCUAGAGUAUGCAGAUUAUGGAGAAACGUUUCUACAGAUAAGCGGCUCUGGCACAUUGCUGAGUUAACUACUGGACGUAUAAAACCUCGAUACCGCAAUGAAAAGAAGCUCCUUUGGCUCUUAGAGAACCGCCUUACUGAAGUAUCUGAUCUUAACCUAUCUGGGUGGAGUGAGGCUGUGACACCGCAUAUCUUGCAAAGACUAGUGCAGUUGUGUCCACAUCUUGUUGGCCUUAACCUUUCUUACUGCCAUAAAAUCCAUUCAGAGAACCUACACACUCACCUUUCCACCUGCCACAAACUACAGCGGCUCGACCUUACCAAUAUUAUGCCGGUUAUUUCACCAAUGCAGGAGAAUUGCCCCAAUCUCCAAACAUUGGAUUUGUCAAAUGUGAUGACAGUGGGGCGUGAUUGUGUGUUAAUCAACAUCGAAAGGUUACAAAAAGGGUGCACGAAGAUGAAGAAUUUGAGACUUACCAACUCUCUUGUUAGACUUAGUGCGACAUCCUUACAAGAACAGGCAUCAGCACCAGGGUUCCCAGAGUUAGAAGAGCUCAGUUUGGCUGUGGAUGGUAAUCUAAGUGUUGGAAUGAAUGAUGGUGAAUUAGAACGAGUUCUCAAGAACUCUCAUAAACUUCGUCUCCUUGAUGUCAGAGGGUGCAUGAACAUCACAGAUUCAUCCUUGGUUCGCAUUCCACCAUGGGAGUUGGAGCAUCUGUUUUUGGCAGGUUCUACUUCCCCCAAGAGUUACUCAGAUCGACUUGAGUUAGUGGUGCGCAAAUGGCAACACUCUCUAGUAGAACUGGAUCUGUCCUGGACUGCCAAUGCUGAUAGUAUUGAUGCUGCUCUUAUGGCUAUAUCAGAAGAAUCUGAUAAUAAACUCAGGUACCUGAACAUGUGUGGGUCCUCAGUGACAUUCAAACCUAUUCGACAAGUAUUAGAAAGGUGUAGUCACCUAGAAAACCUCAACCUUACUUCCUGCCGGGCUUUACCAAGAGGAGUAAAACGAUUUCAUGAGGCACCUCAACUGGUCACCCUUCGAGCAGACAUUGCAAAGGGCAAAUUUGAUGAGGCUCCUGAUGUCGAUGAUGAUGAUUAGGCUGAUGUAAAGCCUGCUGUGAGAGGUUUGUUCUGCUUUGGCCAUUUUAACUGAUUUCAUCACUUAACAUUUCUCACUUUUCUGCUCUUUUCCAUCAUUCCUUUACAGAAAUAUGCAGUCUUUGAGACAGGACAUUUUUAAGUGUUCUCAGCUGGAAGAACUAAAUGGGAAAUGCAAGCAGUGAGUGAAGUGGUAUUGUGAACUCUUGGUAUUCUUGGAGCUUAGUUAUUCGUAUCAUUUAUUUAAACAGGAAAAUAAUGAAAAACAUCCCUCAGUUGGGCAACAGAGCCAGUAUGGGACAUAAGUGGUUCCCCGUAAGUUGUUCCAAAUUCAGUACAGGAUACAUAUCAAAAGCAUCUUAGUUCAAAAAGUAUAAAAAAAAAUGGAAAAAAGUUCUGCAGUAAAAAUGCCCUAGAAAGGGCUGAAUAUUCAUACUUUAAAAGGAUUUGAAAAUCCCUCCAUGAUUUCUAUCAUGGAGCACAAUAGGGUUAAGGCUGAAUUAUAAAUGUUAUUUUUUGCAGUUAGUUUUUUACAAAUGCAUUCAUAUUUUGUGUAUGUUCAUUUUAUGCAUGUAUAUAGAGUUCAACAGAUGUUUUGCUCCUCAAUUUUAAUCUAAAUAGGUUAAUCUAAAUAGGUCAGGCCAUUUCAGAAGUUCUGAAAUGGCCUGACAACAAGAUAUAUGGCAACAAAGUGCAGUAAACCCUUCACAGUCUUGUGAUUAUAGCUUGCAUUUUCAAUAUUCUGUGAUUUAGAUUUACUUUAUCAUUUCCAUUGAUAGUGUGCCAUUACCAUUAACCCCUAA